AUAAAGCCUAGCUUCAGGAACUUUGCUGCUACCGUUUUGACUAUUGGCAUUAACAGCAAAUUCACGAUGGAGUCUUUCAUUCGCUCCACCUGCUCCUAGCAGCCAGCUGAACCAGAUUCUCGGGACCGGAGACUCUUUUCAGGAUCGGGGGUGCUUGUUGCCGGCAUGGGUGACCAUGGCACGGUCGGAGGUGAAGUUAUCGAAGAAGAGAAAGGAGACGAGGUAUGCCGGGGGAAGGAGGAAGGGGAAAUGGGGAUAAAAAGGCACAUCUUUCCUGCUGAGGUAUGCAAAAGGAAAAUAUCGAUGACACACGUCGUAUCCGGUCAUCCAACAUGCGGUUCUAUCACGUCCUGGCGCUGACCGCAUCGGUCAGCGUUGGCUCGGCCAGCAAGUGCAAGCCCAGGUCGUCGAUGACCACCUCGAGCAGCGCCGUCAGCCUGGAGAGCAGCUCCACCGUCGAGUCCAGCACCGUGUCCGAGACGGUCACCGUCUCGGAAACUGCUACUUCCGAGACAGCCACGUCGACGAGCAGCGUUGUGGAGGUGGAGAUUCCUACCAGUCCGACGGAUUCCGCUCCCACCGAAAGCUCUGUGAGCGAGACCGCUACCGAGACGAGCACCGAGACCACCCCCUCCAGCGAGACCACGCCCACUCCCACCCUUCCGGCCGAGCCCAGACAGAUCUGCCAAGCCACGGGCUCGCGGAACGGCCCUGCGCUGCGCUCGUCCACCAAGAUGGCCGACAACACCUUCGCGGCAUGCCGCAGCCUCUGUGUCGCCGAUCCCCUCUGCAAAAGCUUUUCGAUCGAGAUCAAGACCGGAGGCACCUGCAGCCUGUAUGACAGCCUCCUGUACCUCGAUUUCGAGGACGCCAACUCGGGCGCCACCAUUUUCUUCGAUGCCGACUGUCCCGAACCCGUUGUGGAGGGACCCAAGGUCGUCCUGGCCGCCCCAGCCGGCGGCAGCGCUCCCAUCGACUCGGUGCCCAGCAGCGCCGGACCGGUGGCCUCGUUCCCCGAGUACACGCCUCCGUCCGUUGUCUCGAGCGACAGCCCGCCCUACACGCCGACGGCCCCGCAAUCGAAGCCGACAGAUGACAACGAGUUCAUCGAGACGUACACGUACACUGAGUACCAACUGCCCACCAUGGUCGACAUCGGCCGUCCGCCUGUGACCACGGGGAUCGGCUUGACGCUGCCGUCCGACAUGCCGUGCCUGCUUUCGGCCGGAGAGGACCACCCUUUCACGCUGCUGAACGAAGACUUCGUCCCCAUGGUGACCAGGACCGGGUCGAUUGGGCCGUUGCUGCAACCCACCGAGGCGCCCGCCCCUGACGACCCGAUCCUCAACCCGCUGACAUUCACCGUCCCCGGCUUCUAUCUCAAAGAGGUCGCCGGCGUGUCGGAUGUGUACGACAUGGUGUAUGCCGAGACCGGGCAAUACGUCGCCAUGACCACCGCCGGAGAGGUCAUUCUCGUGGGUGCGUCCACGGGACCCUCGUUUAGCGGCGACCACGUCACCUCCAUCUUCGCCUUCGACUGCCGGGGCACCAUCCUCAUCAGCCAGGGCGGCACCAAGUACACGUGGAGCACCGAGGGCGAGUCGUGCUCCAUCGUCCCCGCGGCGACGCCCAGGAACAACAUGAAGACGCUCCCCGUCAGCGUGCCCAAGAUCCAGGUUCCGGACCGCAAGCGUGCCGCCGAGCUUGUCGAGAAGCUCAAGGCGCGGGGCGCGCUGCGGGCACGAGUCAACACCGACUUCCACGAGCCGCAGUGCCCCAACACGCCGGCCGGGCUGGUGUCCAAGACGAAGCAAGACUACAAGAUGGGCGAGGGCAAUUUCUGCGAGGACCUAAACGAGUGGUGGGGCCUCAGCCCGUUCGACUUCGACACGGCCUGCGAGGUCCAGAGUCUCUGCUUCGACCAGUGCGAGGGCUUCAGCUUCGCCGGUUGUACCGCCAUCUUCUCGUACGCCAUGUACCUUACGUGCGCCGACAACUUCGAGAGCUGGUGGGACGUGGUCAAGGCCGGCGCGUGUGCGGCGCAGGCCACUGUCUUCGUCGGGCUCGCGUCGUCCGCCACGGGCCAGGGGCUCUACAACAAGGCCCAGUCCGCCAUGUGCCGCUGCUUCUGCUCCAACCCGCCCGACACGUGCGUCUACCUCGACAGCGCCGGCGAGCUAUCGGACAAUUUCUACUGCGCCGACCUCCACGGCAGCGACAUGCUCAACUGCGGUGCCUGCGGCGGCCAGUGCGGCGCCAACUCGGCCUGCAAGAAGGGCGCGUGCGGAUGCCCGCAGGACCAGUGCGGAACCACGUGUCUGGACUUGCGCAAUAAUCCCAACAACUGCGGCGCUUGCGGCAACGUCUGCGAUCCCAAGUACUGCAUCGGCGGCCAGUGCUACAAGCCCAGCCCCGACGAGUGCGCCCCGGACCAGGCCGUCACCAACGGCGACUUCGACAUCAUCGCCCCGUGGUUUGUCAACUGGACCGCCGGCACCUUCUCGGGCACCACACUGGGCUCCGACGUGAACUUUGGCGCUAGCUCGUACACCUGGAAGGCCGGCGAGCCCCCCGUCAGCGCCAUCUCGGUCACCAUGACCAACAUCCGAGACGGCGGAUUCAACGUCAUGCUGACCCAGCCGAAAGCCAAGAUGUGCCCGGGCUUCGACUACGAGCUCAAGUUCAACAUGGGCUACGUCAACCAGGUCAAUGGCGGCGCCGUCACAAGCAACGCCGACUGCCAGGUGCGCUGGCUGACGGGAAAGCCCAGCGGGCCCGACGUCAGCGACAGCUUCCGGUCGUCGCCGUGGUACUACAUCGGCGCGAGCAAUCCAACGUACAUGACAUUCGGGCCCUGGAAGGUCGGCAACGUGAAGGAGGGCGAGCCAGGCGUCACAAAGGAGAAGGCAAACCUAUACGUCGACUUGACCGCUGUGAUCUCCUGUCGCACUCCCGUUGGUGGCUCUGCGCGGUUCAUUAUGACCGGCGUCGAGCUGAACCCCACGGGCUUUGCAAGCAGCAAAAGGUCGGCGGAGGCUAUCUCGCACCUAGAGGAGCGGGAGAGCAGCCAGACAACAGAGCCCUCGGCGCAGUUUGAGCCCAUAGUACCAGGCCCGGUUGAGGAGGAUACGUUUGUGGCUGUCUCUGCUCGGAGGAGAAGGUUUUAGUUUGUUGUGACGGUGGAACCCACCGUACCAUGGCAUAGGCCAUUGCUUAGUCAUGUGCCCGGCUUCCGGU